AGAGGAUGCAAUGAGGCUCCCCCGGACUGGGUGAUUUUUGCAGCUUGCCUCCUCCUCCCCCAGCCUCCCCCCGGCUCCGGCUGGCUGGCUCUCCAGUUGCUGCAUGAAGGGCUGUGCUUGUGCCCGUUCCCGGAGCCGUGGCGCACCUCCCUCGGCUGCGCGGGGGAAGCGGAUUUGGGAUUCUUAUUCUCCUCAGCCUUAUUUAUUAUCAUUUAUUUUUGCCUGUCCCGUUCGUCCUAGGAAAAAAAUAAUAAUAAUAAAUAUAUAUAUAUAAUAAAAAAAAAAAAGGAAAAGCAAUCGGGCAGGGCGAGGGAGCCCCGGGGGAGUGGGGGGUGUGCGGGGGGCUCCCCGCAGCCCCGCCGCCCCCCGCCGCACCGCAGCGAGCGCGAUGCACCCAGGGCUGCGCGCUGCGGAAUAGCGCGGCCGCCGCUCGCCCUCCGCGGGCUGGGGGCGGACGGACCCGACCGCCGGCAAUUCCCCCUUGAUGUCCAUGAAUGCAAACACCAUGAUUUUCAUGAUCCUGGGCGCCUCUAUCGUUAUGAGUUGACCAGAUGCCUUGGUUAUGGGCUCUUACAGGCAAUAGCUUGCUUGAUGGACAUGAAUGCGUUGCUGGACAGAUUUCACAAUUACAUCCUACCGCAUCUCAGAGGGGAAGACCGAGUUUGUCACUGCAACUGUGGAAGGCAUCACGUCCAUUACGUUAUUCCGUAUGAUGGGGAUCAGUCAGUGGUGGACUCCUCCGAGAAUUACUUUGUGACUGACAAUGUAACCAAGCAAGAGAUUGAUCUGAUGCUGGGACUUUUGCUGGGCUUUUGUAUAAGCUGGUUUCUGGUCUGGAUGGAUGGGGUUCUCCACUACGCGGUGCGAGCCUGGAGAACCAGCCGGCGGUAUGACAAUUCCUGGUCUUGGAUUCCAAAAUUUUGUAACUUAAAGGAGUUCAGAAAACGUCACCACAGGCAGUACGAGGAGGCGACUGGGAACAUGGUGCACAUCAAACAGAAGCUGUACCAUAACGGGCACCCCAGCCCACGGCACCUCUGAGGAAUGCCUUCUCCUCCAGAGACUGCAGUGAGGUUUUAAAGAGGACUUUGCUCUUCUUCCAGGGGAACAGCUCCUAGUUUGCUCCUCUGUGGAAGCCAGCCGAGGACAUAAUUUUAUUUAUCCAUUCUGUGUGUCCCUGCGGCGCGCCACGAUGCACAACUAAGCCAGUCCUGGAUGCUACGCAGCCAAGACAUUGCACUGUGUUCCACAUUUUAUUGUCAGACUUGUGUAUAUAUGUAAAAAGCAGACAAACAAAAACAAACAAACAAAAAAAAAACAACAACAACGAGAAAAGAAAUUUGCAUUAUACUUUCAACCCCCUUUUCCUGGCAUUCAUGGCUGUCCUGCACAUCCAGCUACCCUAAGGGGAAUGUUGGCCGAGGGUAUGGAGGUGGGACAACACGAAGAAGAUGCAAUUUCUCAUCCAAGAGCUAGAAGUCCCCUGUUUCUUUGGUCCUUUGGUUUGGUUUUGAUCUGCUCUGUUCCUUCGUUUGCUAGAAUGGUACCAGGUUUGGACGGGGCCUCCUGCCAGCUAGCUGGGAAGGCAGGGUCCCUUUGUGUUGGUCCAUGCCUCUGGGCAUUGCUGUGGGGGAAUGAAGUCCUGGGAAUGUAUAAUGGAGUUGUUCUUCGCAUUGCUGUGCGCUGAAACCUGCCUUAAGCAAGCCAAGAAAUCUUCCUACCAGGGGAGCAGCACCAUGAGGAGUCAGCCCAUUCAGCCGGGCUGCUUCACACCACUUUUGUAUUGGUGGCACCUUGCUGAUGUUCCUCACCAGGGUUAGAGAGGAGGCAUGGAUCAGGAGUUGCUCCUGAUGGAGAAGUAUCUGGAGCUGAGUGGCGUUAGACCUGGCCUGCACCCUGAGCCCCCCUCUGCUGCAUAAAGCACGUAGCAGCGAGCUGGGCUUGGCUGGAGGAACACAGCGAUGCGGGCCUGGAGCCAACCUCACCCACCAUGUCAAAUGCCCCGGUAACAGCUUAAGUCAAAGUAUGAGGAUGUUCCAACACGUUUUAUGCCUUUGCUUCCCCUGGUCGCAGCUUAGGUGCAGGUUUCAGUGUAGUUAUCAAGAGUCCGAAACCACCCUCUGCAUCCAGAGACCUCCCGAAGAGCUGCCAGAAGGAGGGCUGCUGGAGAAAGGCCUUGGGCACCAGUGUGGUGGUGUCUGCAUCCCACAGCUGCCGGAAUCUGCUGGGGGAGAGGGAAAAAUGCACCAGGCAGCGUUGGUGUGGCUCCUGCUGCUUGCUGGGGGAGAGGGAGUGAGGAGUGUACGAGGAGGGGGGGGUCUGGACCCAAGAAGUUAAGGUGGUGGCCCUGCAUCGCAGUCAUUUCUCCUUCGUUCCUCAUUUUGCAUUGAGCGGGCUUGUGUUGAAAUGGGGAAAACAUCCAGACUGAAAGGAUGAUGAGCAUUGUCAGAAGCUGCUGGUUUGUUCUCUGAAUCCUUGGCUCUGCCAAUGGCCUCCUGUUGUUGGUUGCAAUGUCUAUGGGGAGAAAAGGGCACAGUGCAGUGACCCCCGGCUCUCUCCUCUCUUCCCCAGCUUUUCUGCUUUUUUUUUUUUUUUUUUUUUUUCCUAUGCCCAGGAUCGGUUUUAUUAUUUACAAGGCCCAAAGCUGGCCAAGAGCCACCCACAGCUGCUCUCUGCCAUUCCCACCUUUGCCGUUCCAGGUGCCUCUUGUCUCAGCGUCCCAGUUUCUGUCUGGGCCUAACUAGUUGCCCAGUCUGUACUCGUGUCUGUCUGCUUGACCGUCUGUCAUUCAGGACUUCCAUGUCUGCAGCCACCUGUUAGCCUCCAAGGAAUGACUUUUUUUCCUUAUGCAGCUCCUUUCCAAAAGACACAAGGCUUCACAGUACGAGCUUUGUGCGUUUAACCCUAGGGAAGCAUCCUGCAGUGGCAGAAAAUGCUCACCUCCGUGGGGUGCUGGUGCCAGAGAGCUGGCCAAGCAGCUGCUGCAUUUGCCCUUGUGUGCUGGCACACGUUCAGCUGACAGCAAAAUCUGGGCACUGCGUUAUCCAACAGGUUCAUGUCACGGACACGUCUUCAGCUCUGAGCUGAAGACGGGGCAAUGUUUUGCAGGGGAGAGAGUUCCAUCGUGAUAAGGAAAAAUGCUGAGUCUUUGGAACAAGUUACAGGGGAAAAAAUAAAACCAAACCAAAACAAAAAUACCUUUAAAUAAUCUUUCUGUUUGGUGCAUCCCACAAGAGAGGCUUAAGGCAGUGAUCUAAACUCAGACUGCAUUGAAUGUCUGGCUUUGCGCUGCUGUAGCAACAGACCGUGGUUGAAAUAUCAUUAAAUAGGAAACUUACAGCUGGAGAGAGUGAAGUGACAGCUCACAUGGGUCAAGUCUGAUCCACACCAGAAUUUCAGAGAAAAAAGAUGAGGCUCUGGAAGAGAAAAAUAAAAAAAAAACAUAAAAAUAAAAGAAAAAAAAAAAGGAAGAAGUUGUGCAUGGUGCAGUUUCCCAUGGUUUAAGAAUAGAUUUUUCUAAUCUGCUGUGGCUGCAGCUAUCACUGUGUGAGCCUCUCUUCUGUUUACAUUUAGUCAAAAAACAAAACCAAAAAAAUACUCUCAGUGCAAUUAAAUUUACUGGGAGCAGUUCACUGCUCUUAAAUCCAUCGAAACCAGCCCCCCCAUAGAUCAGGGUUCAGGACACACAAAACCAGCGGGGUCAGCCCUAGGGAGGCCAUUGAUGCUCCCCCUUAAUAAAAAAGGGGCUAAAACACCUUCCCGGGUGGUAAGGCCAAGCCCUGCUCCUGACCCAAGAGAUCUGGUGCAUCUUCUGUGCAAGGGUGAUCUCGAGCAGCCAGCACGAGGAGCACGAGGAGCUUUGAUCCCAAGAAGCUCCUGCAGAUGUGACCCUACGGGGCAGGCACCAGCCCGUGCCUGGCGCUGGGACAAUCCCCCGAGCAGCUCCUGCUCACUCCGUGCUCGAGAUGAGCACUCCUGUCUCCGUGUCCCCCUGUGUCCUCGCGAGGUGUGAGCCUCACAUGUCGAUGUCAUGGUCUCUCGUUCCUCUGCCCCCGUGAGGUCGCUACCGUGAAGUCUGCUGUUGCUCUGUCUCCUUUCCCCGUGCAUGUGUUUGUUUUGCUUUCGUCUGGGUGUGGGGGUGUUUUCCCCUUGUUUAAUUGUCUGAGGUGUACUAGUGUUGACUUGUUUGUCAUUCUCUUGCCUCUGAUCCAGUCUUCAAAAAA